AGCGUGUACAGGUUAACAACAGUAACUAAGCUUUGCAACAUUGUCACUGUAGCGUUUCACUGUCACUGUCACGGAUCAUGUCUGAUUCUCCGUCAACCAGGAACGCCGACGAUCUGGAAGUUCCUUUGGUAGACGAUCGUUCCUAUCGCUACUGGACUCUUCCCGCGACGUCCACUGCCGACGUCGUCACAACGGAUCGUCCCGGACUCCGCGUCCUGUUGGUUCACGAUGAUUCCGUCGACAAGGGUGCUGCUGCGGUAGACGUGGCGGUCGGACAGUUCCAGGACGGUGACUUGCCGGGCCUCGCACACUUGACGGAACACAUGCUCUUCCUCGGCACGCAACGCUUUCCGCAAGAAAACGCUCUGGACAGUUUCCUCGCCGCACACGGGGGACACUCCAACGCCUACACGGAUCUGGAACACACCGUGUACUACAUGGAUGUGCAAGCGGCACAGUUGGAACCCGCACUCGAUCGAUUCGGUUCCUGCUUCGAAGCACCGCUCCUACUCGAGAACUGCGUCGCCCGUGAAUUGCAAGCCGUCGACAGUGAACACGGCAAAAACAAACAGUCCGAUUUCUGGCGGUACCAUCAACUCACCAAAACACUUCUGGGACAGCACAAUAGUCACGUCUAUCAACAAUUCGGGACGGGCAAUCUAGAGAGCUUGCAACCCCAAGGAACGGCCGUUUUGCGGCAAGCCGUACACGACUUUUAUCAGCGUUACUACCACACCGCUCGUAUGACCCUCUGUGUCCUUGGCAAUCAGGAUCUUGACGUGCUGCAAGGAUGGGUGGAAAAGUAUUUUGGCAGCUUGCCCAGUCAGCCGAGUGACACCUUGGUGGAACCACCCGUGCCGCCGUUGACACCGGUCCUCCCACAACGCGUCCACGUCGUUCCGACACGAGAAACCAACGUACUCGAAUUGCAAUGGUGCCUCCGGGAAAUACAAUCUCUCUACCGGUCCAAGCCUACCCGAAUACUAUCGCACUUGUUAGGGCAUGAAGGCCCCGGCAGUUUAUUGGCCGUCCUACGGGAACGACUCUGGGUGCAGGAAUUGUACGCCGAUGACUCCAGCAAAACUACCUCCGCCUUUAGUAUAUUCUGCGUACAACUCGAACUCACCGUGCUAGGAUGGGAACACGUUAACGACGUCGUGGCCACGGUGUAUCGGUAUAUUGGACUGUUGCAGAACGAGAUUCCCGCCUGGGUUGCGGACGAAUUGCAAACCACCGCGUCUACGCAGUUUCGAUUCUUGUCCAAAAGCUCACCCUCCGACACCGUGUCCAGAGUUGCACACCAAAUGCAAGAGUUUGCGAUAGCGCACGUACUGUCGGGACCGUACCUAGUCUACGAGCACGACAUGGCUGCCGUCCAAUCCUGCCUCGCCAGUUUGCACGUCGACAAUAUGCUCGUACUUGUGGCCUCCAAGGAGUAUACUGGACAGACCACCGCGACCGAUCCGUGGUACGGUACCCAGUAUGCCACGGUUGCGCUGGAACCAGACGCGUUGGAAGCGUGGCGUCAAGCGCGCAGCGCUGCGACGGAUGGUAGCGGUGUCGAUUUCAUCGGUCUACAUCUCCCUGAUCGCAACGACAUGCUUGCUACCGAUUUUGAGCUCAAAACGUCUCCCUACGCCGUCUUUGCCAAAACGAACACGAACGACAGCAAUGGCGACAACGGCAACGUUCCACCCCCGCCCCGUUGCUUAUUGGACACAGAUACGUGUCGCCUUUGGUACAAACCUGAUACAGAAUUCCGCAUGCCCAAGGUCAACAUCAUGUGUGUCUUGCGUAGUGCUACGGCCUACGAAAGCGUGACACAGUCUGUCUUGGCAUCGUUGUGGUCGGAAACUGCAGACGAACUUUGCAACGUGUUUUCGUACGCCGCGUCCAUGGCUGGCCUGCAUUGCAACUUUUCCAAUACGCGGAAUGGUAUGGAACUCCACCUGUCCGGCUAUCACGACAAAGCUCACGUUUUGCUGCAACGAAUUGUGGACACGGUUCGGGACUUUCGGGUAACGCCGGAUUUGUUUGAACGUAUUCAAUCAAAAUUGGAACAGCAGUUUCAGGAAUUCUUGGUAGCACAGCCGUAUCAACACGCCAUUUACGCUGGCGAUUUGUGUUUGGAAACACCCAAAUGGGACAUUCACGACCGGUUGCAGUGUCUCGCUUCGCUGACUUUAAAUGACCUUCAGCACUUUGGUCGUCACAUUCUGGCUCGGUUUCAACUCGAAAUGCUGGUCCACGGGAACGUGACCGCGUCCGAAGCGGUUCAACUAUCGGAUAUUGUUUUGCUCGGUUGGCGACCUCAAGCACCACUCAAUCAAAUCGAUGUCCGAGUAGUCCAGCUCCCUGCACAAGGUUCCGAGGGUACGUCGACUGUGCAUCGAUUUUCCGGCUGGAACGAAGACGAUGAAAAUAGCUCGGUGUGCAACAUUUAUCAGGUAGGAACCAUGGACACCAAGAUGAAUGCAACUCUGGGCCUUUUGCAUCAUUUGAUUCGCGAGCCGGCUUUUGGUCAAUUGCGCACGCAAGAACAAUUGGGAUAUAUUGUUCACACACAGGUCAAAACGAGCGGGGACAAAGUAAAGUCGUUGCUAUUCUUGAUUCAGAGUGACUCCUUCGAUCCGAUCCACAUGGACCAACGGAUCGAAGCGUUUUUGGUAGAUUUUCGUCAUAAACUGGUGCAAAUGUCGGAGCCUGACUUUGCCGCCAAUGUUGGCGCCUUGUGCCAAAGCUUUUUGGAGAAAAACAAGAACUUGAGUGAAGAAUCGUCCCGAUAUUGGCACGUGAUCACCAACCAAACCUAUCGAUUCUACCGGAUGUCCGAAUUGGCGGCUGCUGCCCAAACCGUAACAAAAUUGGAUGUUUUGCGUUUCUUGGACCGUCACGUCCUGGCAACGUCCCCGUACCGCCGUAAGCUGUCUGUGCAAGUGUUUGGACAAAAUCAUAUUGCGGAUCUCUUAGACAAGACGGAUGUUGCUGGGGAUGGUAUUGUUCUUGUCGAGAGCGCCAACGACUUCCGUCGGUCACAGGCGCUCUUUCCUAUGCAAGCGUCCGCUUCGAUUGAGGAUUGGCGAUUAGACGCGAAAGACGACUAA